AUGAAUCGACAACGACGGCGACAAAUGGCUGAAAAUUAUCUGGUGAUCUGGGUUGAUGGCAAUAUCAACAUGGAAAACGAAGAUUGUCAAAACACACUCGCGCAAUUACGCGGUGUUGUUAAUGAAGUGAACCCAUGCACCACGGUCGAACAAUGUAUUGAGACCCUUCAAGAAAAUAGUGAGGAGACAUCAUUUGUUAUCUCCUCGGGUGCACUUGGCCAACAUCUCGUACCAGAAAUUCAUGGCAUGCCAAAAUUAGAUGGCAUUUAUAUCUUCUGUGGUAACAAACAACGUCAUCAAGAAUGGGCCAAAGAUUGGCCAAAAAUUAAAGGCGUUCACACCACAAUCAAGAGUAUCUGUGAAAAACUGGCAGUAGCUGUCAAACAAUGUAAUCAAGAUCAGGUAACUGUCAGUAUUAUUGGCGUCAAUGAAGGAGGUUCUAGCGAAGAUCUCAAUCAGCUAGAACCAUCCUUCAUGUAUACACAAAUAUUCAAGGAAAUUCUCCUUGAUAUGGAUCAUGGCCAACAAGCCAUUAAAGAUUUGGUCACCUUCUGCCAAGAACAAUAUAAAGGUAAUAAAAAAGAACUCAAAAUUAUCGAUGAAUUUCAGCGCACUUAUCAACCAGCAUUGGCGAUAUGGUGGUAUACCCGCCAAUGCUUUACAUACAAAAUGCUUAAUCGAGCAUUACGCAUGCUCGAUGGUGACAUUAUUAUCCGAAUGGGAUUUUAUUUAUGUGAUGUCCAUAGACAAAUUGAAGAUUUACAUAGCAAACAAAUCAAUGAAUAUCAUGGUAAGACAUUUCCACUUUAUCGGGGUCAAGGAUUCCUAACGGCAGAUUUCGAAAAAAUCGCUAAAAACAAAGGUGGACUUAUUUCGUUUAAUAAUUUUUUAUCUACCAGUAAAAAUCGAGAUGUGUCCCUCGGUUUCGCCAAGAGUGCCCUAGGAACAACAGAUAUGGUUGGUGUUCUUUUCCAAAUGACCAUCGAUCCCACAGAGUCAUCAACUCCAUUCGCUUCGAUUCGAGAGCUGAGUGAUUUUGCACCAGAAGAUGAAAUUCUCUUCUCAAUGCACACAGUUUUUCGAAUUGGUGAUGUUCGAAAAAUUGACAAGAAAAGUUCACUUUAUGAAGUGGAUCUCAAACUUACAGCAGAUGAUGAUCAACAACUCCGUCGAUUAACCGAUCGUAUAACAAAAGAGAUCGGUGGUGGUGGAUGGUAUGGAAUGACCAAAUUACUGCUCAAAAUAGGUCAAUUCGACAAGGCCGAAGAAUUGUAUACCGCAUUACUAGAACAGGCCUCGAACGACAGCGAUAAAGCAUAUCUUUAUCAUCAACUGGGAUGGUUGAAAAAUGACCAAGGCCAAUACAAAGAAGCAGCUUCAUAUUAUGAGACAUCUCUCAAAAUCUACCGAAAAACUCUCCCAGAAGAUCAUCCUUUACUGGCUAAUACCUACAACAACAUUGGUCUCGCAUAUAACUACUUGGGCGACUACUCAAAAGCACUUGAAUUUUACGAAAAAACAAUUAAAAUAAAAGAAAAGGUCUUAUCUCCGAAUGACCCCAAUUUGGCUCUUUCCUACAGCAACAUCGGUGCAGUGUACAACGCCAUGGGUGAUUACUCGAAAGCACUGGAAUUUUACGAAAAAGAUCUAGAAAUCACAAAAAAAGCUCUGCCUCCGAAUCAUCCCGAUUUGGCUUCUUCUUACUCCUGUAUCGGCGGAGUCUACAACACCAUGGGUGACUACUCGAAAGCACUGGAAUUUUACGAAAAAGCGCAUAACAUAAAAGAAAAAGCUCUGCCGCCGAAUCAUCCCAAUUUGGCUAAUUCCUACAACAACAUCGGUGCAGUAUAUAACGACUUGGGUGAUUACUCGAAAGCAUUUGAAUCUCACAAAAAAUCCCUUGAAAUAAGACAAACAUCUCUGCCUCCGAAUCAUCCCAAUUUGGCUUAUUCAUACAACUGGUAUGGAAAGAUUUAUCGCAGUAUGAAAGAUUAUCCAAGAGCACUUGAGAAUUUUGAAAAGUGUCUCUCAAUACGUCAAAAAGCUUUACCUGAAAAUCAUCCAGAUAAAGCUACUACAUACAGCAAUAUUGGUGAUGUUCAUAGAUUAAUGGGAGAUUAUGAAAAGGCACUUUUAUUUCAUCGAAAAGCAUUAAAUAUUCAAGAAAAUGUUCAAUGUAAUUCUCUCGAAUGUGCAUUGACAUAUAUAAAUUUAGGUGAAACUUAUCGAGAAAUGAAAGAUUAUUCAACAGCAUUGACAUAUUUUCAAAAAGGAUUAGAAAUACGUCAGAAGAAAUUACCAAAAAAUCAUCCUGAUUUAGCUGUUGUAUAUCACAACUUGGCAAAAUUAUAUUUAUCUACUCGACAAUAUAAUAUGGCAAUGAAAAAUAUUCAACAAACGAUUGAAAUUGCACAAGAAAAAUUACCUUCAACUCAUCCUCAUCUUUCGGACUAUAAAGAAACAUUUGAAAAAAUUCGAAAGAAAAUGUAA